GGUCUCGCGGGCGUCAAGAUGCCACGGAAGUUGCUGAAAUUUCUCAUCCUCUUCGACAACACGUCGCUGCUGUACUUCCCGGGCCAGUUUCUGUCCGGGCGGGUGCUGCUCGAGCUGCAGGACGACACACCGGUGCUGGGACUUCAUUUCCAUGUCGUUGGCGAGUGUGUCGUGCGCGUGCGCUCGACGCGCCACGAGCGAUCGUACGAUAAGGAAAACUAUAUCGACUUCCGGAUGCGCCUGCUGGGCGAUUCCGACAACCAAGGGCCCACGAUCCUGUCGCCCGGCAUCCACAGCUUCCCGUUCAAGCUCGGCCUGCCCGUUGAUCUGCCGUCGACCUUUCUCGGGCGGUACGGCUGGGUGCAGUACUUCUGCAAGGCCGGGCUGCGCGAACCGUCCGGGCUGAUACACAAGAACCACCAGGUGUUCAUCGUGAUGAAUCCGAUCGAUCUCAACCUUGAGCAGCCUUAUCUGGCGGAUCCUUUUAAAUGCAACAUUGAGCAUAAUCUCGGGAUGGCUUGCGUCGGCGGAGGCAUCGUGAAGUGUAAAAUCAUACUCGAUCGUGGCGGAUACGUGCCGGGCGAGUCGAUCAUGAUCACGGCGACGGUUACGAAUGCGAGCAGUGUGACGAUCAAAUCGACCAAAGCUGCACUUACAGAGACGAUACAGUAUUUUGCACGCGAUAAGGUGAUGCAGACGGAGAAACGAGAGCUGGCAGUGAUAGCCCGGGGCAAGAUACGGGCCGGUCACAGGGACGAAUGGCAGAACGAGUCCCUUUACGUGCCGCCGCUGCCACCGACCAAUCUGCGCGGCUGUCAUCUAAUACGGAUCCAGUACGACGUUUGUUUCUUAAUAGAACCGAAAUCGUUGGAAAAACAGAUCAAACUACAGCUGCCGAUCACGCUCGGCACGUACCCGUUCAAGACGGCGGACGGGGACGACACGAACGAGUGGGCCGAAACAAUCUACAAGCCGGAAACGCACUACCCGUCCACGCUGCCCAUCUUUCGGCCCUGGUUACACGAGAAAAACGAUCAAAAGUAACACACAUCUGACGAUCCCUGCGAUGAGCAUCCGAGCAGCCGGGGUUGGAGGAUAGUUGGCCGGUAGAAACUGCUGGGAAAAGGAAUGAUCCGAAUGGCCGAUCGAUGGUGCCAUACAUUAAGAGAGAGAGAGAGAGAGGGGGUAUAGCAAAGUAGAUCGAAAUAUGUUAACGACGAGUACGAGCACAGUGAGAGUGUGAAUGACAAUAUGUGUAAAGAGUAAGUGAAAGUUUCAAUACAAUUCAUCUGAAUAAUUAUUUUACCGUAAACCA